ACACUGGGACACCCCUACGCUAGGCAUCAAUGUGCCAGGAUUCCCUCCUUUUCCAACUCUGGCUAUGGAAAUCGGAGAAAGUGAUGUACUGGUGGAGGAACCUGCAGACAUAACACAGCCCACCACUCCAAAGCAGGAAGCCUGGAAGAUCGGAGUGAUAGCAAUAGCAUUCUUUCUCGUUCUGCAGAGCCUCGUCACUGUUGCCUACAUUCUGAAAUGCAAGAGAAAAAGAAGCAGUUGCACAGUCCCAGAGAGAGUGUGUGAAGAUGGAAAUAGAGCUGUUGAACAUGAAGCAAACGCAGGCACUGAAGAACAGAUCACAGUGGAUCUCCCAGAGCGUUCUCAAAUCCAGCAAGAGAUGUUCACCAUGACGCCUAUUCCCACAAAUUCUGCGGUGGAGAAAUCAUUCAAUCACUGAACUCCAGUUCUUUAGAGCUACAGCUUCAACACUACUGCCUCAAAUCUACUGCAUGUAUGUUUUUGUCUCUCUGAGACUGUGGUUUAUAUUCUGUGAUACACUUCCAGUCAAAAGUUUGGACACUCUAGAUAGUUGCAUCAGUGUCUGAGCAAAACCUGUCAGUUGUUGGGACUUUAUUUUUGGAGUUUUGUGAAAGAAUAAUGAAAAUAGGGAAGUUUUUUUUUUCUUAUUUUGCUACUUGCUUAGUUGGAUAUCUCUAUGUAAAACCCCCAAAACAUAACAAGGAAUGUAGACAGAA